AGCAAAAACACACACACGGCUUCGUCGGCUGCGUCCGCCACCAGCCUCUCUGGGGCAGCAGCACAAUUCCGUGGUGUCUUUCGCUCUUUUGACUUCCUUUUGAACAUGCUCUCCGCCUCCUCCAGCUUUCUUUCGCCGUUUCAGACAUCGUGUUCAGCGUCUAGACAUCUUCCUUCCUUCGGGUAGUAUUAAAGUCAUUUAGGACUUCUUCUCCCCCUCUUUGUGGAUGCAUAGUUUGGAUGAGAGGCAGGCGGCAGUGGCAUUACAGUAAUAACAGGGUCCAAUUCUUGGGCCCAUGUGGAGAGGUGGGAGGAGCGGAAGAGGGGAUAUAAAACCGAGAAACGCGUUCGUCCGAUGAAUGAUCUCCUAUUUGGAAGCUAAUCUUUCCUGCUCAGCUGCUCUUUUCGCGGUGGACGAGUUAGUAGUCGAAGACGAAGUGGAGUAGUGAGGCGGGCGGGGAGAAGAAGAAGAAGAAAAGAAUUAGGGCUAGGGUUUCUGGAAGGAGAGGAAAAAUAUGAUGCUUGGAGGUGGAGGUGGAGGAGGAGGAGGAGGAGGUGGCGGGGAUGGUGAGUCGCUUGGGGGGCGGAUGACGAUGUUGGCUGGAAUCCCGCUUCAGAUGAACCCGGGUCCGGUGGGAGAGAUGGUGGGCACGAGCGGCGGCGGCGGCGGAGGAGGAGGCGGGGGGGUGCUGUUGCCGCAGCAGCAGAGGGGGAGGGAGGAGAGGGUGCCGCAGUGGGGUCAGCAGGAGACGAGGGACCUCAUCGCGAUCAGGGCCAAUCUGGAGCGCGACCCCGCGGUGGCGCGGCGGAACAAGACGAUGUGGGAGGGGGUGGCGGCCAGGAUGAGGGAGCGCGGGUACCGCCGGACGCCGGAUCAGUGUAAGUGCAAGUGGAAGAACCUCGUCAAUCGCUACAAGGGUAAAGAGACGGCUGAUCCUGAAACUGGCCGGCAAUGCCCGUUCUUCGACGAGCUGAAUGCGGUGUUCGUGGAACGGGCGAAGAACAUGCAACGGCUCCUCCUGGAAUCGGAAUCCGGCGCCUCGCAAUCAAAGAAGAAGCCGAAGAGGGUCGGCAGGGAUCGAUCCUCGGAUGAAAUCUCCGACGACGAUGAUGAGGACGACAAUGACAGUGACGACGAGCUCCUUCCAAAGGGCAGAAGGAAGAAGGCCGACCACAGAGGGGGCCAUCAACAGCACCGGGGGAAGGCGGCGGCAGCGGCAGCGGCUGCCGGCAGCAUUCAGGAGCUGCUGCAAGAGUUCCUGCAGCAGCAGCAACAGAUGGAGAUGCAGUGGUUCGACAUGAUGGAGCGGAGGGCGCAGGAGCGGCGGAUGUUCGAGCAGGAGUGGCGGCAGUCGAUGGAGAAGCUGGAGAGGGAGCGGCUGAUGCUGGAGCAGGCUUGGAGGGAGAGAGAGGAGCAGAGGAGGAUGAGGGAGGAGAGCCGGGCAGAAAAGAGGGAUGCACUGCUGACCACGCUGCUGAAUAAGUUCAUUGAAGAUGAUCUCUGAUUGGCCCCUUCUUCUUCUUCUUCUUCGUGUCUGUUGCUUGUUCCUUGUUCUUUAUUUACUAUGGUGGGUUAGGUAGAUUUUUGUUCUUCUUGUAAUACUUAUAAAAGGGGAUUAUAUUUGGUGGCGCUGUUGUUGACUAGAAACAGGCUAAUCUUAUAGGUGACCCUCCACAUCA